AUGGAUGUAGCCGAGAAAGAGGUGGACCAACAGGAAGAAGAGAGUUAUACAGUCGAUUCAUCGGAUGUGCUGGUGAUAGACACAAAACCAGAAUUGGUGGUAGAAGAUGAGAUGUCAGACACUGAAGAAGAUUGUGGUGAAGAAGAAGAAGAAGAAGAAGAAGAUGAUGAUGAUGAUGAUGACGAUGAGUGGGAAGAUGUUUGGUCCAGCAACUCCAAAGACGAGGAGGCAAUUUCUUUAGGGCUUAAUGCUUCAGAAAAGGCUAGUAAGAUGGCCGACAAACUUCUUCAUUCAAGAGAAUGGCUAGAUGUGAUGCUAGACGUAUCUGAAGAAAAUGACGACGACUCAGGCGGUGAAGAGUAUGGAUAUGUACACGGUGAAUGA